AUGCCACCGCGAUCCACCCCACCAGCAACCGCCAACAUCUCCUCCGAGAACCUCACCAUCUCCGGCGGCAUCGCCAUCUUCCACCUCGCGACUGCUCGCGUAGUUCUCUGCUACCACACCCGCGACAAAUACCAUUUCCUGCCCAAGGGAAGGAAGAAUGUCCACGAAGACAUCUUGAACGCAGCAGAGCGGGAAGGAUACGAAGAAAGUGGCUACAGGAAUCGAGUGCUGGCGUUACCGAUCGAGCAUGGGCAGACUGAGGAUGAGGAAGCAAGCGAGAAAGAACGAGCAUUCGUAAAAGAGCCGCUUUGGACGCAGAUGGUGCCGCUGAGGGCGGGUAGUAAGAGGCAGUAUUUGUUGUUUUGGUUCGUGGGCGAAACUGUUCCUGUUGAUGUUGAGCUGUGGGCGGAGGGAGAUUCCAGGAGUGGAUACAAGCCUCCGCCGCCGUUUCCUGUGGAUUUGACGAUCAGGGAGAGGAUUGAAAUGGAGAGUGUGGUGGAUGAAGAGGGAAAGAGGAGGGUCUAUGAGCCUGUUAGACACGAGGGUACUGGUGUGGAUGAAGAAGAGGCGCUUUAUGCCAGUGAGCUUGUGCCUGUUGAGGAGGCUGUGACGAAGUUGAAGGGGAGCCUUAUGGCUGAUGUUGUGAAGAGAGGGUGGGAGGCAAUACAGUUGAAGAUCAAGAUGGAGGAUGGAAGAUGA